GUCAGUCAAAUCGUUUCCCACUUCGACGUUUUACAAUCAUGGCCGCCGCUAUAGGCAGGAUUUGUGGGGCACGACUUUUGAAAAGUUAUGGGAUUGCCGGCCCCCAGGUUUGUCAACUGUCUACUACCACUCAGGGCUGGACAAAAAACAGAAAAUUGCUAUGGACUACCAUCGGUAUGGUGAGUGGUGGAGUUGGAGCACUCAUCUAUGCGCUGGAACGAUCAGUGAAGGCGAGUGGUUUAGAAGCACAUAAGUAUGAGCAACCGUGGAGUCAUAAAGGCUGGUUUGAUGCUCUUGACCAUGCCAGUGUUCGCCGAGGCUAUGAGGUGUACAAACAAGUGUGUAAAGCUUGCCACUCACUGCAGUACGUCGCGUUCCGCAACUUGGUAGGCGUUACGCACACCGAGGAGGAGGCAAAGGCGGAAGCAGAGGAUGUAAUGGUCAGGGAUGGCCCUAAUGAUGUGGGCGAAUACUUUGAGAGGCCUGGCCAGCUCACGGACUACUUCCCGUCACCAUACCCUAAUGAAAACGCGGCCAGAGCCGCAAACAACGGCGCGUACCCGCCGGACUUGUCAUACAUUGUGUCCGCCAGCGAAGAGCACGAAGACUACGUCUUUGCGGUACUGACAGGCUAUGUUGACCCUCCGGCUGGCAUCGAGUUGCGGGAGGGACAAAAUUACAACCCUUACUUCCCAGGCUGUGCCAUUGCGAUGCCAAAAAUUCUCUUCAACGAGGCUGCGGAGUACAGUGACGGGACACCAGCGACGGCGUCGCAAAUGGCGAAGGACGUUACAACCUUCUUGAGGUGGACGGCUGAACCCGAACUGGACGAGAGGCGACUCAUGCUCAUUAGAGUUAUCGGGAUAAUGGGAUUCCUCGGUAGCGUUGUCUACUACCUUAAACGACACAAGUGGAUUACAAUGAAAUCUAGAAAGAUAGCCUACAAACCCGUCUCUAAAAAAUAAACAUCCCGCAACUGUAGAGUAAAAUGUUUUAGACAAUUCUUUUCGAUAGGCACAGUAUAACACGUUAUAUCUUUAUAUUAAAUUAAUUUAUUUUAUAAACUCAUGUUUGUUUUUGGCAUUUUUUUUCUUGAUCAUAUUUAAUGAUUGCCACUAGUUUAUGUUGUUUUGUUACCAUUUAAAGCUUGUCAGCUGCCUUGCAGGUUUAACUUAUUUAAUGUAACGGAUAUUUAAUAUUAGAGCAUUACAUCAAAAAGAGUAUUUCAUCAUCUUAAUACAAUGUAACGCAGAAACUUAACACGUUCCCUGUUCAUCACUUUUAAACUCUAAAGGUUUAAUUGGGCAUAUGAAUUAGGAUAAUUAAUAGGUCCAAAUCGACAGCGAACGUGGUAACGAUAGUUAGUGAAUUAAAACUGUGCUUGUGAUGUAUCAUGAACGUAAACAGCUGUGAAUCAGUGUA